AUGUCUGACCCGGUCGGUGAAGAUGGAUGGCUUGCUCUAGUUGAUGAGGCCAGUCGAACCGCCGGAGAUCUUGAACGUCGGAUCGAGGUUGUGGAGCUUUACAAGCGUGCGAUUGCCGCGGAGCCGUCAUCCAACAAACUGUGGCUUGCAUAUUGCGAGUGGGUCUGGUCACUCUACAAAGACUGCCAGAAUAGUGAUGCUGGAUGGCCAGUAGAGGAGCAGCUAUUGGGCCAAGAAAUAUUUUCCUGGGAAAUGGCCUUAGAAGUUUGGCUUCAGGGUGCCCAAGCGACACAGUAUCGAUUAAACGACAGCCAUGUUCUUUGGAACAGAUGGAUAUCCAUCGAACUAGAAAAGUUGUCCGAAGAUCCCAAUUCGCAGGAUAUUACUCGUGUCAAACAGCUCUUUUUUGAUCGAUUACAAACCCCUCACGCAGCCUGGGAUGACACGUCGCAGAACUUUUCAAACUUCCUAACAAAAUACUGUGAAUCCACUUGGGAAUCCUCAAUGGUUGAGGUCACAAAACUAUCAGCAAAUGCAAAGGAGCAAUACAAACUCCGAGAAACAUUUGAGCUGAAGCUUCGAAAAGCUGUUGAAUCUAGUAAUAAUGACAAUGUAAAAUCACAAAUUUUGGAUUAUCUAAAUUGGGAACAGGGACAGGUACUCAAACAAAAUAAAAAAGGAAUGCUUUCGAUCUCAUUGCUUCUCUGUGUUGCCCUGUUUGAACGAGCGCUAACAUCUACACCUUUAAGCUUGGAUCCAUCUGUUUGGGAGGAUUACGUUGUAUUUCUCUUAAGCACCAAGGUCGAAGUUCCAGAAAUCUCCCUACCUCCAGUUCUGUCGAUAAUACAAAGGGGUACGAAUCAUUGUCCCUGGUCUGGGGCUUUAUGGGCUCGUUAUAUCCUUUGUGCUGAGGCUGAGUGCCUCCCGUUUUCUACCAUGGAACAGAUAAAGCAUGCCGCAACAAACGCCAGGGAUCUAGAUCGUGAUGGCAUGAAUGACGUUGUCGAAUUCUAUAUUGCAUGGUGUGGCUACCUUAAACGUCGAACAAUGGUAGAAGGAGCAACGGACGAAGAUCUUGAUGUAGCGGAAAUGGGACUGCCUACAGCCCUGGAGGAUGUUCUACAAUGGGGGAGAAGAAGAUGUGGUAAAGGUUGGAAUGGAGACCCAUUUUUCAGGAUUGAAACUAUAUUGAUUCAGCAUUUGACUCAAAAAAGGGCUUAUGAGGAAGCCCGUCGCCACUGGCGGAGUCUUGUUCCAGUUCAUGCUGAUAACUACGAAUUCUGGCAACAGUAUUAUAUGUGGGAAAUGAAUAUCAGGAAUCCUUCAAUGCCUCCAACCUAUGCUACAGCAGUGCUCGUUCAAGCAAUAAAUCGAAAAAGUCUCGACUGGCCUGAAAAAAUAAUAGAAAUUUACGUGAGGCAUUGUAACAACUGCGAAGAAGUGGCUACUGUAAUUCAUUCGCUCAAUACAGUUAGGCGGAUUUCUAAGGGUAUCGCAAAAAGGCGCGAGCGAGAGGCUGCAGCUUAUCAAGCCCAGUCGGUGAAGGAAACUGAAAUGACUGAAAAGGUAUCGAAUACUGAGAGGACCACCGAAGAUUCCAAAAGGAAGCGUGAAGACGGCGAGUAUUCUGACAGCGUUGCAAAAAAAUCCAAACUAGUAAGCGAAGAAAUAUGGAAGGAACAGAAUUUAAAACGUGAUCGCGAGAAUACAACUAUAAUCGUUUCCAACCUACCUGUUGGUGUAACGCAGACAAAAUUAAGACAUUAUUUUAACGAUUACGCGCACAUUAACAAUAUAACCUUGAAGGCAGACCCUGAUGGUUUGAGUACAACUGCUCUGAUUGAACUAAGAUCCCGAGUAGAUGUUUCGUCAGCUAUCAUAAAACAUAAUAAAUAUUUUGGAGAUAGACAAAUAUCUGUUAUGCCUGGAACUGGCUUAACACUAUACGUUACAAACUACCCUCCAGCUGCUGACGAUGCCUACUUUUAUGAAUUAUUCAAGGAUUGUGGAGAAAUACUCAGCAUUAGAUGGCCAAGCAUAAAAUAUAAAACCUCUCGUCGUUUUGUUUACAUUACAUUCAGGUCACUUGAAGGGGCGGCAGCAGCGACUAAACUAGAUGGUCUUUCCCUGGAUGGUUUCUACAAGCUAACUGCUGCGUACUCUAACCCUAGUAAUAAGAAAGACCGAGAGGGCGCUACAGCUGAAGGCCGUGAAGUUCACGUCAAAAGUCUGGACUUGAGUCUUACCGAGAAUGAUAUCAAAGAAGUUUUCUCGAAGUAUGGGACGGUGCAAAGAGUUAAUGUCCUGAAGAAACUAACAGGGGAGAGUAAAGGUGUUGCGUUUAUUUCGUACAGCAAGCAAGAAGAAGCCAAUGCAUCUCUAGAACUGGAUAAAACCAAGCUCAAAUCAUGUAUUCUUUCUGUCGAGAUUUCCAAGGAAAAAAACUUCAAACCCACUGCAACUACAGUAGGUAAUAACCUACCGAUGUUGUCAAUGUCAGACGAGAUUGCGAAGUCAGGUAAUCUAACAUCAUCUAUUCUUGAAAGCGGGGACUCCUUCGAGCAAAUCCGACAUAAUUCAUCACGUUCCGAGAUAUCUAAUCGCACAAUAGUACUUUUAAACAUUCCUGAUACUAUAAAUGAUGCUCGUAUUCGUCUUCUUGCCUCAUCUUACGGGGAGAUUAUCAAAAUAAUUCUUCGACCAGACCAUCAGGGUGCCAUAGUCGAAUACACUGACGCUGUAUCCGCCGGAAAAGCCAGCUUAGGUCUAGAAAAUUAUGAAAUAAUACCAGGACAUAAGAUUCACAUGGGAUCGUUAAAGGAUCUAUUUGCCGAUAGAAGAGAGAUCCGGGUAGACAGCAUGCAGGCUGGAAAUAGAAAAAAUCUAAUAGGCUCGUUUAUGCAACCCACAGCUCCAAUCAAGCGACCUAUGGCUUUUAAAAAAAAUAAGUUGUACCAAAAAAAAAAGUUAGACUCAAGUCGACCUAACUUGUCUACUCCCAUAGACACUGACGUACCGGACGAAAUUCAUAUUAACAAUGAUAUUUCUAAAAAAGUCAAAGAGAAAUUGACCAAUUCGGACUUCAAGGCAUUAUAUUCAAAAGAUGGAAGAUAG